UAACCUAACGUAAGUUUGCCCAUAACCUAACCUAGUUCAACCUUAUCCGUAAUGUUCAUGUCUCUCUUGUUCUCUGUCUCUUUUUUAAUCGAACGAAUAAAUUAGAGCUCAUUAAAGAGAUAGAAGAAAUCAAGCAGAGAUAACGAAUUAAUCGUGAUUGAGAUUGACGUUAAUUAAUAACCGUGAAGAUAAAGUGAUGAUAUCGCCUCUAGAGAGACAUACAGACACUCAUGCAAGAAAUAAAGAUGAGAUGGUACUACGUGAUGUGCAUGAAGAGGACAGAUAUCCGUAUUAACGAAGAAUAAUAUAUGUGUGAGUGUGUGGAAAGGAUCCUAUCAAACUUACCAGAGUUGUACAAGUGUCAGUUUGUUGGUUAUAUACGCGUAAACAUAAAACACGAGUCGUGCAAACAGUCAGAUCUGAGAUUGUGUUUGAAGUUAAUUGAUAACGAAUGAUUACUACGAGCCAGUGAAGCAUGUUUGGAUCACUGCGUAGCAAGUUUCAAACAGUUCAAGAAGGCAUAUCUGCUAGUAUACGAGGACUGUCCAGCACUGAAAAGCCAAAGAAUAAAAAGCCAAUCAAUGUACGGAAUGUAAAUUAUGAUGCUGGUGCAGAUGUAUUGCAUCGUUUCCAAUUACAAUGGAAUGAGCUUCACGAGCUUGCAGAGGAGAAUGCAGGAAAAGCUCAGGAAGCAGACACACUGAUAUCUUCCAUCUACGAAAAGCUUCAACAUGAGUGGAACAGUAUUACUUGUUUAAACAGUACUUUAGCCUACAUUCCAAAGAUUAAUAAUUCAAUUCAAGAUCUCAUGGACCAAAUAGGAAAUCUGCAAGAGAUGUUUGAGGAAGUUGAGGGAGCUUUGUAUCGAUUGGAAGAUCUCAAUGAAAUGCUAGAUUUACAAAAUAGGCAGCUGGAGCACAGAUUUCAGUUGGCUAUGUACAAAGAGAAGAAAUUGUUAGAAUUAAAUAAUUUUAAAGCAAAAUUAGCUAACGAGCACAUUGAGAGAAUCUCACAACAUGAAUUAAAACAGCAAAAAAAACUGAAAGAACGGCGAGAAACUUUCGAAGAAGUUUUCAAGGAAGAUCUUGAAGAAUACAAAGCAACUGGAUCUAUACCAAAGCUACCACUUUCCUCGCAAGGUCCAUCUCUGGAUGAAAUAGUAUUAGAUAUUGAUACAAAAAUAUUUGACGAGUUUCUAGAAAAUUAGAAGCAAAGGGAUUGAGUGUGUAAAAAGCAUAAUUGCAAUUACGCUCCUCGUUUCAAAAUCCUAUGCGUGACAGAAAAGAAUCUUUUUACUGCAUUUCCUACAAUUAGGUGUGUCAGGGCUGUGACUUGACAGUUCAACUUUUUUAAUAUAAUAAUAGCAGAAAAAUGAUUUUUGAUAUAAAUUCUUCCACGAUUUUGUAUAUAUCACCGCCUAGACUAGUUUUUAGGUAAAACUAGUUUUAAUAGAACUUUAUAUGAUCCCUUA